AUGGUGUCGUCCGCCAGCGCGGUCUCGCCGCCGCAACCAGGGAAGCCGUCGUCAGCAGCCAAUGAUGCAAUUUUGCGCAAUGCGCUGCGAUACACCAUGUCGGCACGCGAGUAUGCGGCGCUGCACAAGUACGUACUGUCACGGUCGCGAAUGGUGCGACGACACGUGCCCAGCGUCGAGACGGUCGGCCGGAUCAUGGGCGGACCGCCAGUCAAGAAGAAGAAAAAGGACAAAGAAAAGGACAAAGAAGAGGCAGAGACAUCUUCAGCACCAAAGACGGGCGCUAUUGUAGGCGCAGACGACUUCAAUACACGGGCAGUACGGCACGCGCUGCGUGUGUUUGCGGCCACGGCGAGCGGAAUGCGGCUCUUUGGGGCGAUCCAGCGGCGAUUUCUAGGCGACAAAACCUCCAAAAAGAAGCCGCUGCACAAAUUGCCCACAGUACGGCUUUCGCUCUCACUCUCGACCAUCCUGCUGAUGUACCGGCUGCUCUUCCGGUUCUUCACACGUCUGCGCACAACACUGCUCGACCCGGCGGCGCUGCCGUUCCGUUCACGUAACCCGCGCACAGCCGCAGCGCUGACAUCGUCCUAUGCACCCGCAGCAGGAGCCUCAUUGGCGGGCCUGGCGCUAGGCAUUGCUCCGGCUCGGUUCCGGAUGAUGCUGGCGCUCCUGGCGGUCUUCCGCGGACUGGAGUUUGCCUGGAAUGCGGCAGAAGACACGGGGGCCAUCUGGGGCGUCGACAUGGUACCCGUGGCAGUGCGGUCUGCCAUGGGAGCUGCGGCAGGAGCACUCGUUGGAGACAACGGCGACUCUGCGAUGAUCGGGAGCUGCAGCAGCAGCAGCGGAAACGACGGCGUUGUCCUGCGGGCACGGCCUCGACAGCGGCCAUGGUGGUGGGGCUCGUGGAUGCUGCAGCCGUUUGCAGUUGGACAAAUGCUGUACGCAGCUGUGUUUGACCGGGACUGCUUCCCGUCGUUGCCGUUAGGAAAGUUUGUCCUGGGACAGAUGGAGGCCACAGACACAUACCUGCACACAGCCCCCGUGGACGCAUCGGCGUCGGUGGUGGCGGGCUGGCCGGGACCAGCUGCCGUGAUGGACGCGUUGGCAGCAAUGGCGCGGGCACAGUGGCCAGCAUUUGCAUCGCCGAUUCUCUUCCCAGGCAAGGAGGCAGAACAGGUGGUCACGCUGGCAGCAUCCUCGCCAGCCGUGGCCGCAGUGAUGCCGUCGCUGGUGGCACGGGCACAUCCGCUGGUGGCGUCGCUGAGCUGCGCCACACUGCAUCCAGACGACCCGUCAUGCGGCCGCACGCAGCUGCUGUUCUGGCUGCGGUCGUUCCCGGCGUAUGCGCGAGCCUUCUUGGUGCUGUACACGGCACUGCAGCUGCCGCGACUGCCACAGCUGGCGGCAGCACUGCACGACGCACCGCUGCGGGCGAUACAGCAGCUGGUGGUGGCACGGGCGCUGCGGUCGGCGACCAUGUUGACGGGAGCAUUGUCGACAGCCUGGGCAUCAUUAUGCGUGUUCCAAGCCUGGCUGCCGCGCCGGGUGCUGGCAACACAACGCGUGUAUCUGGGCGGCUUCGUGGCCGGCCUCUGGGCCUGGCUCGAGCGGCGGCACGGCCACGCCGUCUUCCUCUACUCGGCGCGCGCCAGCUUUGAGAGCUUCGUGCGCAUGGGUGUCAAGCGCGGCUGGUGGCGGUCACCUGCGCGCAGCGGCGGCGACGUGGCUGUCUUUGUCGCAGCGCUGCUUCUGGCCGGCACGGCAUAUGAGCGCGAGCCACGGGCCCUACGUGAGCCGGCCUGGCGCAAGGGUAUCAGUUGGAGCCGGGAGCGGGAGGCCUGA